AUGGAGGAGGUGGUUACAGCUGAUAAACGGGAAAUCCUGGAUGUUCUCUUCCUUCCCCUCGCAGGGCUCUCCUGGACAUCUCUUAACCACAACACCAUGUUCGUCAAGCUGAUGUACAGAAAAGCAUCUUCCCUGCUUCUUAUCACCUCUGGACAAACGGCACGGCCUUGCUCUGCUCCCACGUCCCUGCAGACGGCAGUGGAUACGCUCCUGAUUUACACCACCGGAGACCUGGAACCAGGCGCGACGCUGGCGGGGGCAGCGGGGACGCUGGUGGCAGCGGGUGGUGCGAAUUGCUUGAGGAGGAGGGACGCUGGCCUACUAAAUCAGUUACAAGAGCUAGAUAAGCAAAUAAGCGAUCUCCGCCUGGACGUGGAAAAAACGACAGAUGAACACCUUGAGACAGACAGUCGUCCAAGUUCAGGGUUUUAUGAGCUGAGUGAUGGAGCUUCUGGAUCGCUCUCCAAUUCGUCUAACUCUGUCUUCAGUGAGUGUUUAUCCAGUUGCCAUUCUAGCACUUGCUUUUGCAGCCCUUUGGAGGCAACACUGAAUAUCUCAGAUGGACGCCCUAAAUCUGCAGAUCUCAUAGGCUGGAUGGACUAUAAUAAGGAAGGCCAGCAUGAGGACCAGACCGCAGGCUCUGUCUGUCGCUCUUUGUCCACACCGCACUCAAAUUCCCUCGAUGUCGUUGCAGAUGUACAUCCAAAGUACCAGUGCGAUCUGGUGUCUAAAAACGGGAACGAUGUCUACCGGUACCCCAGCCCACUCCAUGCGGUAGCUGUGCAGAGUCCCAUGUUUCUUCUCCCCGUGACUGAAAACCCCCAGCGAGAAGAGGAGAGACUCGGUUGCGAUAUUAGCAACGUUUGCCCCGGAUCUGAAACGGACUCGGGAAAAUCCACCAACGCCCUUCUCCCGCAAAGCUCCUGGUCGGCGCCGUGCCCUUCCACCAGCAAGAGGAUAGACGGUUACAUCUUAAGCCUGGUUCAGAAAAAGACUCACGCGGUAAGGACUAACAAACCCAGGACAAGUCUCAACGCUGAUCCCACCAAAGGGAUCUUGAGGCAUGGAAGCCUGUGCGUCAGGCAGCCUGCUGGGGUGGUGGCUCAUGGUAACGUCGUGAACCUGAAGAGCUCCAAGCCAGCGUGCUUGCCUUCUGGUGGGACCACCGCUCUGGACCACGCGGCACCCUCCCCGAUAAAGCAGAGGCCGAGGGAGCCGGCUGGCGAGCAGCUGGAGAGUAGGAAGCGGCCCGACUGCCGCCGGUGGAAGUCGUCGGCGGAGAUCUCCUACGAGGAGGCCCUGCGGAGGGCGAGGAGGAACCGGCGGGAAGGUGUGGGGGUCUACUCGCAAGUCCCCCUGCCCUACGUCAGCCCGUACGCCUACGUUGCCAGCGACUCGGAGUACUCAGCGGAGUGCGAGUCCUUGUUCCACUCAACCGUGGUGGACACGAGCGAGGACGAGCAGAGCAACUACACGACAAACUGCUUUGGAGACAGCGAGUCGAGCCUGAGCGAGGUGGAGUUCGUGGGGGAGAGCACAACCACCAGCGACUCUGAUGAGAGUGGGGGCCUUAUUUGGUCUCAGUUUGUCCAGACGCUCCCCAUCCAAGCGGUCACGGCGCCGGAGCUGCAUGAAAAUGCGGCGAAGGCCUUUGUCAAAAUCAAAGCCUCCCAUAACCUCAAGAAGAAAAUCCUUCGCUUUCGGUCGGGUUCGCUGAAGCUCAUGACAACCGUCUAGCGAGGUGAUUUGGUGGAAUGUAUCUGCUUCUGCUUUCGGAAGCAAGGUGCUUUUGUGUACAUAUUUCCACAGAUUUUGGUUUUUUUUAUACAAAUAUUUAAAACUUAAGGUAAAUUAUGUCACUUGUCUUCAGAACUUGGGUGGAUACUAGUGCCUUUUACGUGGAAAUAAAAGACCAUUAUACUCGUUUAAAAAUAACCCAACAUAACACUGCCGUUUCAGUGGUGAACAGCCUCCAGUGCACGGUAUCAGAAGGCUUAGACAAAAGGCUAAUGUUUCUGGGAAUGGAUUUUCCUUGCCUAGUUUUUCCAGUUCUGGGUCUUAUACAGGAUAUCAACAGCUUAAGGUCAUAAUUUUUUAGGGUAUAAGGGGGAGGAAGUGUGGGUGGUCUUCAUGUCUUCGCUUGUCCCUUUCUGCUGCUUCUGUUGCCACGGCUUGAACUUCUUCCUCCUAGUAGUCUGGCCUGGUUUCUUUGUUGUUUGUUUUUUUUUCUUUUCCUGUUGAUUCUCUUCUUGAAACUCACCCCUGUCCUCUCCCAGCCUUCCUCCACCAGGAAAGGGCUCCUGUUCAGUCUGUCUCCAAGGUUAAGUCGCCUUCUCUGGAGUGCGCUCCCGGGAGUCCUGCUGCGGACGGCAGUGGUGUUCAGAGUAAACUGCUGGAGCAGCUGACCAAGGCUUAGUAACUUCAGUAUAUUGUGUAAAACUGCUUUUGGAAAAAGAAAAAAAACAUAUGCAUGUCACGUGCAUGACUAUCAGUAGUUUUAAUAUUCCUAUUGAUGUCCAAUUUACUGUACAUCAUCAAUGGCUGUUUUUAUAUAUAUAUAUAUCAUUGUGUAAAUUAAUAUAACACAUC